ACCCACCCACGUGGAGUACUUGGCUGCAGAGAAGGAAGACGUUCCACACUGCUGUUGCGACGUAGCCCCGCGAUAGUUAUGAGUACCCUCCACGCAUUCUUCAAGCCUCUGAACAAGUCCCCCAAGACUCCCUCUUCCUCUACCAGUGCUAUUAGGAAGAGGCAGCGCUCUCUGGACAGUGUGGGAGAGCCUAGCACCAGCAAGAUACCAUCUGACCUCACUCCACACAAGUCUCCUAGAGUCUCUAAGAGCUCUAUCGAUGAUAUUACACCAAAGAAGAGACGUACCAAUCCUGCCGGGAGGACAUCAUCCACAGUGAAGAAGUCAGAGGUCAAUCCUGUGGAGACAUCGUCCAAGGGUUCAGCAAAGAGGUCAACAUUUGCCGUUGAUGAUGGUUUAGAUGUCACUCCAAAGAAGCGUUGUCUGAAUGCUUCGAGGACCUCCCUCACACCGUCUACACCACACACACUGUCACAGCCGUCCCUCACACCCUCCACACCCCUCACACCUCACACAUCCAAGACCCUAGCGCAGAGUGAGGUCAGUUCAUUCUCACACGAGAGCAUAGAGUGGUUGCAAGAGGACAAGGUUCGUGAUGGCAGUGGACAUCUCAAGAGCCACCCUGACUACAAUCCCAAGACUCUACAGGUGCUGCGAGGUUUCCUGGACAAUCAGACACCAGCACAGCGACAAUGGUGGGAUAUCAAGAAGACACACUUUGACACCAUUCUUAUGUUCAAGGUGGGCAAGUUCUAUGAGUUGUAUCACAUGGAUGCAGUGGUAGGAGUGAGAGAGUGUGGUCUCGUCUUCAUGAAGGGAGCCAUGGCUCACUGUGGCUUCCCUGAGCUGGGCUUCCGCAAGUACUCACAAAUACUAGUCCAGAAGGGAUACAAAGUUGCUCGAGUGGAGCAGACGGAGAACCCUGCCAUGAUGGAGAAGAGGAUAAGAGAGAGUACUCAGAAAGUGACAAAGUUUGACAAGGUUGUUCAUCGUGAGGUCUGCUCUGUAGUAACUAGAGGGACUCAGGUUCCCCUGUACCAAGACUAUGACAGACAUGAUGCAGCCAGUCUCUACCUGAUGGCCAUUAAAGAGGAGGGCUCUGUGUAUGGAGUGUGCUUUAUAGACACCUCACUGGGCACCUUUCAUUUGGGUCAGUUCCCUGAUGAUCAGAGUGGAUCUAGACUGCGUACUCUCAUUGCACACCAUCCUCCUGCCCACGUCAUGACUGAGAGAGGUCAGAGGUCACAGAGGACAGCCAGUAUUCUCAAGCAAAGCUUGGCAGGCACUUUCAAAGAGCAGCUAGCACACAGUGCAGAGUUCUGGACGGCAGAGACCACACUGGAGGCUCUGACUGGUCACCUAGGAUGUCACACAUGGCCUCAAGUGUUGGACACUAUGCUAGUUAAAGACUGUCCUGGUAAGAAGGUGGCUCACAGUGACUACACACUAGCACUGAGUGCCCUGGGGGCGUGUCUAUGGGAGCUACAGAGAGCCUACAUUGAUACAGAGUUGCUCUCUCUCAAUCGCUUCCAGUUGUAUGUGUCCCCUGAUCUGCUCCCCCGUGCUGAGUCAGCAUUCUCUCCAGGCCAAAGGAUGAUCCUAGAUGACCUGGCGUUGACUAAUCUUGAUGUGGUAGAUACUCACGGUCAACCAGCGGGCACUCUACUACAAAGGAUAGAUCACACAGUCACUGCAUUCGGCAAGCGUCGGCUUCGUGAGUGGGCGUGUGCUCCACUAUGUAAUCCGGACGCCAUUAGUGCUCGACAAGAGGGUGUGGCUAACCUGAUUAACCACACCCACCUCAUGAAAGAGACUAGAGCUAUCCUCACAAAGCUGCCAGACUUGGAGAGGAAGAUCAGGAAGUUCCACAUGCUUGGUUCCCCUGGCAACCAUCCGGACAGACGAGCACUGUUCUAUGAUCACCUCAUCUAUAGCAAGGCUAAGAUUGCUGACUUUAUUACUGUCUUGGAAGGUUUUGAGAAAGCUACUGCCAUCACCGCACUCUUCCAGCCAGAGCUAGACAACCUUGGCUCCCCGUUGCUACGGCAACUAGUGACCCCAUGCGAUGCUGGAGGGGAUUUCCCCUGUUUGGAUGAGAUAUUGAGUUAUUUCCAGCGUUGCUUUGACAAGGCACACGCUCUCAAGGCUGGAGUGAUCGUGCCCUCACCUGGACUUAACCAAAACUAUGACAAGGCACUAGCUGAUAUAAAGAGUGUGGAGGAACAACUAGCACACUAUCUGACUAAGCAGAGCAAGCAUCUUGAUAUCAAGUACAUGUCUUAUGUCAAGAGUGGGCGUAACCGCUACCAACUAGAAGUGUCAGAGAGCAAGGUAUCUCAUGUGCCGUCAUCCUACGAGGUCAAGGGUCAGAGGAAGGGCUAUCAGAGGUUCAGUACUGCUGAGAGUGAAGAGUUAGUGGGCAGACUGGUCAAGUGUGAGGAAGCCAGAGAUGCCGCUCUCAAGGAGAACAUGACCUCUCUCUUCCACACCUUUGAUCAGCACUUUGAGCAGUGGUGUUCUGCUGUCGAGUGUUUGUCUACACUAGAUGCCCUCGUAAGUAUUGCUGACUAUAGCUCCUCCAAUGCCAUGUGUCGUCCUGAGAUAGUAGUGUCAUCUGAUAGACCAUUCCUGAGUGUGUUGGAAGGUCGUCACCCUUGUGUAUUGACCACAUACACUGGUAAUGAGUUUAUCCCUAAUGAUGUGAGCAUAGACACAGCUCCUUGUGUGGUGGUGACUGGUCCUAAUAUGGGAGGCAAGAGCACACUCAUGAGACAAACUGCUCUCAUUGUCAUACUAGCUCAGAUGGGAAGCUUUGUGCCUGCUGCCAGUUGUCGCUUCAGUCCAGUAGACAGAGUGUUCACACGAAUAGGAGCCUCUGAUAGAAUCACUGCAGGAGAGAGUACCUUCUUUGUGGAGCUCAAGGAGACGGCAGCAAUCCUGCGACACGCCACCCGACACUCUCUUGUGUUGUGUGAUGAACUAGGUAGAGGAACCUCUACAUAUGAUGGCACGGCCAUAGCUUGGGCUGUUCUGGAAGGUCUUUCUCGUGAGCUGGCUUGUCGUUGCUUCUUCUCUACACACUAUCACAGUUUAGUGGAGGAGUUGGGCAGUGCCACCAAUGUCACUCUGGGACACAUGUCCUGUUUAGUUGAACCUGACGAUACUGCCGCUGGGGGGGAGAGGGUCACCUUCCUAUACAAGUUUGUUGGUGGGGCCUGUCCGCACAGCUAUGGCUUUAAUGUGGCCACCAUGGCUGGUGUACCAGAGGGUGUUGUACGAUUAGCUCGAGAGAAAGCCUCAGACUUUGAGAGAGCUGCAAAUGACCUACUGGCAUUUAGGAAAGUGUUUGCAGCAUAAGAAGCAAUCUGAACAAUCGUUAAUCUGAACAAUCAUCAUUACUAACAAUUGUGUUGACUCAUUACAAUAUUGAUUUGUUAUUCAUCCCUAGCUUCCUUGUACAUGUAAUACAUGAUCUUAUUAUUUAACAAAAAUUAUUUGUACUGGA